UGCCGUCAGGCUGGUGGACGGAAACAUUAUGUACAGCUCAGAGAUUCAUGGAGUGCUGGGGAACCACAGUGAACACAAGCAAUUUCCUUGACCCAUUAAGACUCGAGCAACAGCUCGCUCAAAGAUAAUUUUCUUCAUUUGAUGAACCGACUAGCAUUAUACUUUAGUCCGUUACUUUCGCUGACCGGAGCUGUGCGUUCUGUUUGCAACCGCUCUUUCUAAUUCCGGGGAAUUUGUCAACCCCCUCUCCCUUCAGGACCUCAAGCACGGUCCCCAAGACGUCUGACCCGUCGGACAGAUGUACGACCGAGCCCCGCGAGAUACUAUCUUCGCCUCGGCGCUGGGUAGCACCGGGCCAGCCGUGGGCCCCGCUUCUUACAACGCCAACCGCAGCAAGUUGCAAAGCGCCAAGGAAGGAGAUGGAUAUGCUCCCUUUCUGUCUUUGACAAGCCGUGAAUCUGUGCUCAUUACACCGGGAGCUCUUCUGGCUCCAGGUCCACAGCACUAUGACGUUAAUCCUGUUCAGGAGCACAUCAAAGGAGGGCAGAGCAUGAAGAACAGGGAGGCCCGUUUCAAAGAAGCUGGAGCAGACUUACCAGGACCUGGUUCCUACGAUGUGAACCCAAUGAACCUUGCUGAGAAAAUGAACAAAGCACCCAAGCUACACUGCACGGCGUUAGUAAUGAGCCCUGCAGCUAGUGCACCAUCGAUUCCUGCACCAAGCCAAUCCUACGGCUACGAAGAGGCUGAAAAUGGUGCUCUGUCCAGACACCUACCUCCUUCCAGAGACAUGUCACUUGGGCCCGCCUAUUACAGCCCACAAUACAUUGAGUCAUAUCCUACUCGCCAAUAUAAAGGAGUUCAUUUUGGAAACAGGACAUCUAAACGGAUUGAUUUUAAAAUCCCGCUGGGACCAGGACCAGGCUGCUAUGAUAUCCAGAAGGAGAGUACCCUUAAUUACGAAAACAUUAACAUGAAGCAUAUUGAUCAAAAACGAGAGUCUUACGUGCCCCGAUAUAUUGACGCAGUUGUACAAGAUGAGGAAAAGAAGGGCUUUCCUGGACCUGCAAAGUAUGAAAUAAAAGGGCAGUUUAGCGAAAAGACAAGUCCGCUGAAUAAAUACAUUCCACCGCACCCACCAUUCUUGUCUCAGACCAAGAGGUUUCUAUCAGAGAAGUCAAUCACCCCAGCUCCUGGAUCGUAUGAUGAUCCACGUACAGCUCUACAGACCUUGAAGAGGAUCUCGACAAAGGGUAACAGCCCUUUUGGUCACAACGCAGUAAGGUUCGCAGAGGGUCUACGGACAGUCAGUGAACCAGGUCCAGGAACCUACAAUGUCACUAACCACACCCUUGCUCAAGAAAGCCGGAAGAAAGCUGCUUUAGAGGGUUCAGUGAGAGGAGGAUUUGGAUCUACAGUUCCUCGUUUGCAUCCCAUUGAAACAAAAAAAGCAGCUCCAGGACCAGCUGAUUAUAAGAUUAGGGAGAUAAAGAACAACUACACGAAACAUAGAAGCUCAUCCUUUGCUUCGUUGACAGAAAGGAUGCCUGCUUCAGGAGCUCAGGAUUAUCCGGCACCAGGAUCCUAUGAAGUGCAAAAAGCAUAUGAGAAAACUCAAGCCAGGGGUCCCAGCACUUCAGAUGAAUUCACUUGCAACUCAUUCCUCACGACUGUGCCAAGGAACUUCAACCUAGCUCGACAGACUGCAGACGAGCCGGGACCUGGUGCCUAUAAGCCUGUUCUUAGGUCAACACCCAAGAUGGCUUUAAUGGUAUCCAGACAGCCCCGCUUUAAAGAGAUUAAUGUUUCCACCCCGGGUCCUGGAGACUAUGAGGGAAGGAGGAAAAGGAGUGGGGAUCUCGAAGACACUACUGACUCUUCAUCACUCUCAAAAAAACUCUUAAUUCACAUGCAAGAAGUUCUUCAUGAAGGAGCAACCCUCUCACAUAAGCUUUCAGCAUUGAAAAAACUCAGACAAUGGACGUACGUUAAUUGACAUUGUUAAGUCAGAUCUAUGGUAUGGAUGUGAUCAGGAUAAUUUAGUAAUAAUAAUUGAUCCCACUAUGAAUGUACAAGGCUGCAGUGAAUAAAAUAAAACUUCCUCUCAUUUUUUGGCCCUUCCUUCUCCAUUCGCUCAUCAUGUGAUAGUUUUUUAAUCUUCCUUUCUCAGUGCCUCUCUCUUUUUCUUGCUGCAUUCCUGACACUCGCUGUCUUUUGGACCUGAAGGUGCCUGUCAUACUUUUCUCACACUCUCUUCUGCACCAGGUAGUGCUGGCUUAUAUCUCAAUCAAUCCACAGGACACUUCCUCUUUCCAGCUCAUUUCUGUUACGAUAUUUGACCUUCUUUCUUUCAGUCUCCAAAUCAAUAAGAUCUUCAUACACCUGCAAUUCUGGCCUCUUGUGCAUAUCCACAUUCUGCCUUGACAUCCCUGCCUUGAGUUUCACCUUCAGCUCUUAGUUUUGGAGUUUUCUCCCUAAUCUGCUCUGUCUACUAAAACCCCUCUGUAAUGGCUGCUUUAAUCUCUAUGUCACCUGUCCUUAUGUGGUUCAGUGUUUGAUAGUGUUUUUGUGAGGUGCCUUGGCAUGUUUUAUUACUGUAAAGACACUAUAUAAAUGCAAAUUCUGUUGUUAAUUACACUACUGAGAAGUGUUUUGUGAUGCUUCAUUACAUUAAGAGUGCCAUCUCAUCCCCACACAGACAUAUUGCCCAGAACAGGUUCAUGACCCUAUGAUAAGAAAAGAGAUUGCAGCAUCUCACCCUUUGGGUAUCAAAUUAAUUUUCUUAAUCUUUGCUAAGAGUCCCAGGAGUACAAACACACUUGAUUCAAGCAAUAGAUCAGAGGUUUAGUCUCAUCUUUAUGUCAAUACACCAUCUCCCAGUCCUACAUUGAAGGUUGCCUUAACUUUUACCACACCCAACAUUGCAGUGAAGUUGCCAGGUUAAAUAUCUUGAGGUCUCUGAUAUAGAUUUGGUGAUAUGAGUUCAAAUCCCACUUUAGGAACAGGGAUCCUUAAGUUCUGUAGAAUUAAUCUGAAAUUAGAAAGCUAUUAUUGGCAGUUAUGAUACAUGAAACCACCAGAUUGUUUCAAAUAGUCUGAUUAAUUCAUGGACAUUAAGGAAUGAAAUUUGUGACAUGAGUGAUGACACCAUCCAGGACUUGACUGGUACCUCAUCCACCACUGAGAGCAUUCAUUCUCUCCAUCACAGUGGCUGCACUGUGUCCUAUGAAAUGCACUGUAGCUAUUCGACCUGUGCUUUCCAUACCUGUGACCUUUACUGUGAUCCUACUUAUCACCCUCCAGCAGCCAUCUCUGCCCCUCAACUUCCACUCACACCACCUUCCUAUAUCAGGCUCUCAUUUUUGUCUUUGUCUACCUCCAUCUAUCAUUCACCUGCCUCUGUUUCCCAACUUCAACUUCACGCCCCCCCCACCACCUUCCCAUCAUCUUUCACCCCUCCUCAUCUUGGGCUCCUGUCACAACGCUCCCCCUCUCCUCUCUACAUUGGCCAUCUCCUCUUCUCCAUUGUCAGUCCUGUUGCAGAGCUUCGACCUGAAAUGUCAGCAAUUCCUUCAUCUCUUCCCCCCACGUCCCGCACAAUUGCUGCUUGAUCCAUUGACUUCCUCUAGGAGAUUGUUUGUUGCUUCAGAUCCCAGCAUCCACAGAUCCUUGUGUCUGCAUCUCUGCCAGCAGGAAGAAUUAGUGCAACAGAUAGAUGGAAACUCCUCCACUUCGCACGCCAUUGUGAAUUGGAACUCAAACAUUCAUCCUCAACUCCCAGUAGGUGUUAAUCCUGGAGCUUCUUCCCCAACAGUACGCUGGGAGCAUCUUCACCAGGAGGACCAGUUCAAGAUAGCCUCCUACCACCAUCUUCUCAAAAGCACUUGUGGUGGACAAAAAAACGGCAGCAAUACCUGUAUCCCUAAAAUGAAUGUUAAAAAUGUGAUGCCAGACCCCCAUCAAAAGCUAUCAACUACAAGAGUGAUGGGGAUAGGAACUAUAUGCUAACCCAUAUCCAAAUUAGAAAACUGACAUUUUUUUCACACAAAUAUCAGAAGAUCCAAAUAGCAGCUUGAGCAGAAUAAUCCAAGUUGAGGUGUCAAAGGGCAUUCCAGGGUUGAUCCAUAAAGUAAGGCACAAGAGGUGAUGUUCCCCCUUGGGUCAAGUGCAGCAGAUGGAUGGGAACCUCCACCUUCAGGUUCCCCUCAGAUUCAUCCACCUUGAAUUGUGCGUGAGGCAAGACCAGAGACGGUUAAUGUACAAUUAUUCAUUAACAAACCGAAUGCAAGCUCAGGAGGUAGACUUGAUGCUGAGAGGGGAAGGGAAUUGGGGGCUCAAAACCACAGGGAGGCAGCAGGAGGAAUGGAUUUUAAGGGAAACUGGAUGAAUGCACCAGUGGGGAGAGAAUGAAAGGAGGAAUGGGAGGAAGUCUGAUUAAAUCAGAAACACUGGCAAAGUUCAUUUGCUCCAAAUAUUGUGUUGUACAUGUGGUCGGCUAUUUAAUAUAUUUCCCAAGGCUAUUAAAAAAGAUGAAGUAAUCCAUGUUAAUACAUGCCUGAAUAUGAAUCAGCAAUUAUUUUGCAAAUGAAUUCAGGCUCUGAAAGAGAUAGGCAUCCUUGCAACUCAUCCCUGUCUUCAUAUUCCAAUGUAAUUAGAUGAGAGUGGGAGGAGGAGAAGGGAGCUAGCUGAGAGAACAGGUUAAAUGCUGUAUUUAAACACCAAUCAGUUAAAAUUCAAAUUGAUGGCAUCCUGAAGUCUUUACACUUUAACAGUGGAAGUGGGAUCAAAGAGGACGCUAAUCUUCCAUAGGAAAUUGAUAUGAUAUGUUUGUUUACUGAGCUUGUGGUGAAAUUGCAUUUUCUGGUCUGUAGCUUUCCGUUUGGUUCGUUGGCCGUUUGUUAAAUAAAUGGCCCAUGUGUUGUUUUGCGUCACUUCCUCUUCACUUGACACAUUGAUUCAUUGCUCAAUCAAUAAA